UUAUUAUUGCCAGCAGUUCCCCGGCAACAGAGAGCCGUGCUAUGUAAUAAUAAUCCUUCUCCAACAUUUCCAGGACAAGGAAAAGGAGCGUUGAGAUUUGAAGAGUUUACAGCGUUUUGAAGUCCGUGCAGCAGCUUGUGUUCUCGCCACAGGCUUAGGUGAUAAAAUGGUGGCUGACGCGGGAUUGAACGUCUCAAGCGAUGAUGCACCUUAUGGUGGAAAAAGUGCCUUUUCCCAGACGGAGCACAACAUAGUGGCUGCUUACCUAAUCACUGCAGGCGUCGUCAGUCUGCUGAGCAACAUUGUGGUUCUUCUCAUGUUUGUCAAGUUUAAGGAGCUGCGCACCGCCACCAACUUCAUCAUCAUCAACCUGGCUUUCACGGACAUCGGCGUGGCCGGGAUCGGGUACCCCAUGUCCGCAGCCUCGGACAUCCACGGCAGCUGGAAGUUUGGCUACACCGGUUGCCAGAUUUAUGCAGCUCUCAACAUCUUCUUUGGCAUGGCCAGCAUCGGCCUACUGACCGUGGUGGCCAUAGACCGCUACCUCACCAUUUGCAGACCUGACAUAGGGCAGAAAAUGACUGCGCGGUCGUACAAUCUCCUCACCCUGGCAGCGUGGCUGAAUGCCUUGUUCUGGUCCACCAUGCCAGUGGUGGGCUGGGCCAGCUACGCCCCGGACCCCACUGGAGCUACAUGCACCAUUAACUGGCGGCAGAAUGAUAUAUCCUUCAUUUCAUACACCAUGACAGUGAUUGCUGUCAACUUUGCCAUCCCCUUGUCCGUCAUGUUUUACUGCUACUACAAUGUGUCCGUCACCGUAAACAGACACAAAGCGAGCAACUCCCUGGAUCACGUUAAUGUUGACUGGUCCGAUCAGAUGGACGUGACAAAGAUGUCUAUUGUGAUGAUUGUGAUGUUCCUGGUGGCUUGGUCUCCGUACUCUCUGGUGUGUCUCUGGGCGUCCUUUGGGGACCCCCGCUCCAUUCCUGCAGCCAUGGCCAUCAUCGCCCCUCUUUUUGCCAAGUCCUCCACCUUCUACAACCCCUGCAUUUAUGUCAUCGCCAAUAAAAAAUUCCGCAGAGCCAUCAUCGGGAUGAUCCGCUGUCAAACCAGGCAACAAAUCACUAUCAACACUCAGGUUGCCAUGACAACUUCUCAACAACCUCUGACCCAGUAAAAUGUCCACCUCAGGUUGAGAUGUUUACCUGCAGAAAUGGCGGGCCACUGACUACUUUUGCAGCAAAGUAAAUAGUGAAUGUUUGAUGCGAUUGACCUUCGUUCGACUCGUCCUUUAUUCCACAUUUCUCUUCAAACUUCUUUCCAAGUCCGCCUGAAUACUUGAUAUUCCUCUGUAAAUACAUUUCAAAGAGCCCGUCCAUUUUGCAUACUGUAAUGCUGAAUGUAAUUUAAAAUACAACGUUUUAAAAAACGCCCCCAACUGUGUCCAACCAAUCAGCGGUGGAAAGAACAGUCCGCCCUCUCAAGGGUUCCGUGCUACUAAGAACUGAGUGGAAAAUUCUCGCCAAUAAAUCUGAUUCAGAUAUUG